UAAAUAUUUUCAUCCUUACAUCAAUCUUACGCCACAACAAGAAAAAACGAAGAGAAGUUCUUUUUUUUCUUAUAAUUUCAUCAUUUUCUUAUAAACUCAUCAUAUUCUUAUAUAACAUAUUAUAAAUUUGUAAAAAUUAAGACUCUAUUUGUUUGCCAUAAAAUCAUUUUUCGGAAAAGGUUUUCAGUCGUUUGUUCGGCUGAAAAGAAUUUCCUAACGUAAAAUGAAUUACCUUAACACGGGAAAUGAGGCCUUUAAUUUGAGAAAAUGUCUUGCCGUUUUUAUUUCGGUAAGACAUCUUCAGGAAAAGAAGCCAAGAACUCUCAACACAAUGGUUACUGCACCACCAGUCGGCAUAUAUACUUGGAGUCACCCUCCCCAUCUAUAUCCAUCUUUUCCAUUUCACUGAAAAUUGAACCCUAGAAUUUUGAUUUGAAUCACUCCGAGACAGCCAAGGGGGCAAAUUGAUGGCCUUGAGCUUAUAGCCUUUAAGAAUUUUACAUCCCGUGCUGCGAUGGAGGCAGUCGGGUCAUGCCUCAAAAACAAGUAUUCCGAAGGACUACUUGGUAAAAGGUACUAUGGUGGCAAUGAGUACAUUGAUGAACUUGAAAUACUUUGCCAGAAGAGGGCUUUGGCAGCAUUUCAUUUGGAUGAAAAGAAGUGGGGCAUUAAUGUUCAAUCGUUGCCUGGUUCUCCGGCAAACUUUGAGGUUUAUACAGCUAUUCUUAAUCCACAUGAUCGAAUAAUGGGUCUGGACUUACCUCAUGGAGGACAGUUGUCACAUGGAUUUAUGACUCCUAAAAGACGAGUAUCUAGCACAUCAAUCUAUUUCGAAUCAAUGCCUUAUCGACUUGAUGAAUCCACAAGUUAUUCCUCAUUGUUUGACUUACUGAGUUUUAGUAGUUGAUUGCAUAUUCCACUGCUGAGGUUGACAUAGUAAAAAUUUGUCAGUGAAGAAUUAUUGGAUUCGAUGAAACCUUGGUUAGUAUGUCUGGAUUAAUUGAAGGUCUUCCAGAUGCUGUUGCCCUUAGAUGCCUAGCAAGAGCUCCCUUCUACCUAUAUCCUAAGUUGGAGCUUGUUUCCCGUUCAUGGAGAGCUGCCAUUCGUGGCUCUGAGCUGUUCAAACCUCGACAGGAGGUUGGCUCAGCAGAGGAACUUCUUUGUGUGUGUGCAUGCGAUCCUUCUUUCUAGUAUAAUUUGGAUAAUAUUAUUAAUUUUAGUAUUAAUUGUGGUUUGGAAGCUAAUAUAUAAUUAUUCAACCCUUGUUUUUUAUUUUUUAUAACACAAUUAGAAAUAAUUUAUUUGACUUUGGUUAA